UUCCUGAAACCAUAUUUUGGCAGCACUUCAGUCACAUUUGACUUGGCAUUUGCAUCCUUCAUAAUCCAAUAUAGCUUCAGGCAAUGGCACUUUCAAAUGAAGAAGUCGCAAAAGCGUGCAUAGAACCUGACGAAUCAACCAAAGAAUUCUUUUUUCAACAGACAAUGAUGAGGAUAAAAGAUCCUAAAAAAUCCUUAGAGUUUUACACUAAUGUCAUGGGAAUGAGGUUACUGAAGAAGAUGGAUUUCCCAGCUAUGACAUUCUCAUUGUAUUUUAUGGGGUAUGAUCAACCAGAAAACAUUCCUACUGAUGAAAAAGAAAGGACUAGAUAUUGCUUCUCACAGAAAGCAACUUUAGAAUUAACUCACAACUGGGGAACAGAAAAAGAUGAUAGUCAUUAUCAUAAUGGAAACAGUGAUCCUAGAGGGUUUGGUCAUAUUGGAAUGGUUGUACCAGAUGUAGACAAAGCUUGUGAAAGAUUUGAAAAACUUGGUGUAGAAUUUGUCAAGAAACCUAAUGAUGGUAAGAUGAAAGGGCUUGCCUUCAUUAAAGAUCCUGAUGGUUAUUGGAUAGAAAUCCUGAAUCCAAACAACAUGGUCCCUACAUAGACAAUUGCCAUGUAUACAUGGCUGACCAUAGAUUAUGUAACAAUUACAAUGUGACAAUCUAUAUGUUGAACAAUUCUUGACAUGCAUUCAGUAUUUAUAACCUUUUCUCAAACAAAAAUUAUAGAUAUAAUCAGAGCUUUAAAGGUCUAAAGUGAAAUUGAAUUAUGUCCUUGCUGACAUUAAUUUUCCUGUUAAUAAUUGUUUUGUGUGUUCUCCCAAGAAAUUAAUAUAUUCUUGUGGUAUUUUUUACACAAUGUUGGAUACUUUCUGGGAUACUAUUUACAUUUGUUAAUUUAUUGUUAUGAAAUAAUAUAGUGGUCAUAGGUUUUUUGCGUGAAUAUUAUCAAUGCUUUUGAGAGCACAAAACUACUAUUGUAGUAUGAAGAGUUGUUUAUAUAUAUGGAAUGUUCAAUGCCUCAUUAUUUUCCAAGUCAGGGUCAAAAUAUUUAUGCUUCCUGUUUGUAUAUGGAUAAUGUAUACAUGUAUGGUGCUAAUGUACCUGUCUAUUAUUUUCAAAUUUAUCAGUAUAUCAGGAAUGGUUGGCGAAAAGCACAUUUAUCAAUAAAUAUUCAUUCAUUCAUAUCUGUGAUUCCUCAUAAAUGAGACUCUUUUACAGAAACCUAAAUUUUGCAUCUCAUAUGUUAUUUCAUGAUUUGGUCCAUAGAAAACUGUCUUUUUAAGUUUGGAAAGUAGGUACUCCUUAUCUGCAACUUUUUGUAAACCAAUUUAUGGAUUUCCAGAAUAUUCAUUACUUAAUAUUGUUGUGUACCUUCUAUUAGUUUUUUAAAUUAGAACUUUCAGGGGUUUCCUAAAAUAAAUUGCUGGCUUAAAAAUUUCUACAUGUUGCUGGUGGGCAUUUAUAAUUUUGUUUAUAGAAAACAGAAAUAUACAUCAGUAUCAAGGGCAAUGUUCUCUUUCAAAACAGUAAAAUGACAACAUUUUCUAAUUAUGUCAUUUAAUUUGACCCCACCUUUCCAAAGGGGUCAGUGUACACUACUACGAUCACUUUGCAUGUUUCAUUCUUUGUCAUUCAUACUUUUAAAACCUUGGUCAACUCAUCUGAAACUAAUUUAAAUCAAACUUGACAUGAGUAAAGUAUUGAUUAUUCACAUAGUGCUUUAUUUCCUUCUUAUUCAGUGUUGAAAUUGUUGGCAAUGGUGCUCCAUAUGUUCAUAUUGAACCUUACAUGGGGUCAUCUCUUAAACUACUUAACCUGUCUGAAACAAGAAUAAUGUAUGGAAGGUCCUAAAUGAUUCAGUUGAUCAAUGGUGCUUUUUUAGAGCCCCUGGUUAUGUAGUAAGAUAUAAGAAUAUGAGGAUAAAAAGCCUUAAAAAUUUGCAGAUAAUGAUUACUUUGUUAUUGUUGAAUUUUUGCCUAAAAAUAAAUGAAUGUAGACAUUGUUAAAAAAACAACUUGGUAUUGUUGUGGGUAUUUUUACUUUUCUUCAAAACAACAUUGCUGAAUUGUAAGUUUUCAAGUUUUGUCUUUUCUUAUAGCUUCUAUCAGUCCUUAAUCAAAGUUUUGUAUUUCCUUAAUUCAUUUAAAAUCGUUUUGUGAUAAUAAGUACAAAAAAUUAUUAAGUAGAUGAAAUAUUGGACUGGUUUUAAAAAACACUGUUUUUCUUUUUUAUAUUACUAAACAAUAAUUUAAUUUGCUUUUCAAAAAUUAUUAAAUUUCAUCGAGGCUUUUUUAACAUGAAAAAUAAUCUACAUGAUCCUUUACCUAUGAUUACCUAGAAAUAGGACCAUACGGUAUAAAAUAUUAUAUCACCUAGAAAUAGGACCAUACGGUAUAAAAUAUUAUAUCACCUAGAAAUAGGACCAUACGGUAUAAAAUAUUAUAUCUUAUGUUAUUUCUCAACUUCAUCAAGUUAUAGCAAUCAAAUUAAAUAGAUUAAUUAAUGUAAAUUACAAGAGCAAAAAUUCUUACCAAAUACAAUACACCACAACAAACAAAUAUAUGUCAGUGAGUCAAUGAGAGUAUAUUUUAUAGUAUAAUUGUUUGAAAUCAGUAUGUUAUAUUUUGUUUACACUUUACUAGUGCUAGUGUAUGUUCAAAGUGAUUAAACUAUCUGCUUUUUAAA